AUGGAAACUGUUUCCAAGGCUAAAGAUGGAGGAGAAAGCCGUCGCUCGUCCAGACUACCACAAAAAGUAGUUAUUUUCAUAGUGGCUCUAGGGAUCUGCGUUGGGUUUUCCGUCUGCCUGGAGUUAUUGAGGGAAAGAGUGACUGAACUGGAGGCUGUUGUCACUCGUUUGAGUGAAGUCGACAAGAACGGUCAUGGUCAAGCUGUUGCCUCACAACAACGAAAUCGUCGAGAUUCCCCCAACCCUAACCUUGUUUCCUCGGACGAUAUUCGUAGGGAAAUCAAAGUACAACUAAAAUCGUUAACAGCAUCGCAGCUGUGCUCACCUCAAGAGAAAAUAUGUGUACCAGGUCCCACCGGUCCAAAAGGUGACGCUGGACCCAGGGGACGAAGAGGAAGAAAAGGGUACGCUGGGGAAAAGGGAGAGAUGGGUUAUCCUGGUGUGAAGGGUGCUCGGGGAUCCCCAGGAUUCGAUGGGUUAAAUGGCCUACCAGGGCCAAAAGGAGUGAAAGGAAACAAGGGAGAACGUGGCACAUGCAGAGGUAGGGCCUUGUGCAAAGGUGGCCCAGGAAUACCAGGUCCAAAAGGAGAACAUGGUCCUCCAGGACUCCCUGGCAUCAAAGGUGAGCCAGGACUCGAUGGGUUAAAAGGUCAGAAAGGUUAUGCUGGGCUGCCAGGACAAAAAGGUGAACUUGGACCAAAGGGUGAUACUGGUGCUUGUACAAGACGGGGUGCGUGCAUAGGAUUCAAAGGUGAACCUGGAAACCCAGGACCAAAAGGCCAACCUGGAAUCGCAGGACCACAGGGCCCCAAAGGUAAUGAGGGAUACCCUGGGGUGAAAGGAGAAAAAGGUGAAACUGGAACAAAAGGAGACAACAGAGUGUGCACUAGAGGGGCCAGGUGCAGAGCGAUCAAAGGUGACCCUGGAAUGCCUGGAUUAAAAGGAGAACCUGGAACUGCUGGACCCCACGGUAAGAAAGGGGACAAAGGGAGUGAAGGGUACCCAGGAUAUGAUGGCAGCAAAGGUGAGGCAGGAGUGAAAGGUGCUCCAGGUCCCACUGGACCCCGUGGCUAUAAGGGGAAUGAAGGGCUCCCAGGAGUUGUAGGCCAAAAAGGUGAAGCCGGGCUACCGGGACGAAAAGGUGAUCCAGGACCAAAAGGGGACUAUGGAGCAUGCACAAGGGGUAGCCCUUGUAUCAGUGUUAAAGGCGAUCCUGGAAUGCCUGGACCAAAAGGAGAACGUGGAACAAAUGGACUCCCUGGGCCACCUGGAAUAAAAGGCAUACCUGGAUCAGAUGGAGCUGUAGGACCAAAGGGUGAACAAGGUCAGAAAGGAGAAAAAGGACAACUGGAUUAA